CCGGGAGCGCCGCCGCCUCCGCGCCGCCAUGGCCGCACCCGUGCCCGGUCUCAUCUCGGUCUUCUCCACCCCGCAGGAGCUGAGCGCGUCGCUGGCGCAGCUGGUGGCGCAGCGGGCCGCAAGCUGCCUGGAAGGGAACCGUGGCCGCUUCGCGCUUGGCCUGUCAGGCGGCAGCCUGGUCUCCAUGCUGGCCCGAGACCUGCCCGCUGCUGCCGCUCCCGCCGGGCCCGCCAGCUUUGCACGCUGGACGCUCGGCUUCUGCGACGAGCGCCUCGUGCCCUUCGAACACGCCGAGAGCACGUACGGCCUCUACCGGACACAGCUGCUCUCGAAGCUGCCCAUCCCAGACAGCCAGGUUCUCACCAUCGACCCUGGUCUACCUGUGGAGGACGCUGCAGAGGACUAUGCCAGGAAACUGAGGCAGGCCUUCCAAGGAGACGCUGUCCCUGUGUUUGACCUGCUGAUACUGGGAGUGGGCCCUGAUGGGCACACCUGCUCGCUCUUCCCUGGUCAUCCCCUCCUACAGGAGCAGGAGAAGAUUGUGGCUCCCAUCAGUGACUCCCCAAAGCCACCACCGCAGAGGGUGACCCUGACGCUCCCUGUGCUGAACGCAGCCCAGAGUGUCAUAUUCGUGGCCACGGGGGAAGGCAAGGCAGCUGUGCUGAAGCGCAUCCUGGAGGAUAAGGAGGGCGCGCUGCCCGCUGCCAUGGUGCAGCCAAGCACGGGCGCCCUCUGCUGGUUCCUGGACGAGGCCGCUGCACGGCUGCUGUCCGUGCCCUUCGAGAAGCAUUCCACGUUGUAGGGGCCGCGCCACGCACCCCGUGGGCACUUGAGGUCGCGGGAGCUGUGGGAGCGGACUAGCUGCGGAUUAAACAGCUUUGCUGUAA